CGCUGUUGUGCGGGUCAGGUCGAACUGCUCCGUCAUUUAGUUGUUGUGCGUCUGGGUUUGCCGACUGCCUGGCUGCGUUUUUAGAGAUUUGGGGGUUUUUUUUCUUGUUGUUUUGAUCGCCUGCUGACUGCAAAAUGGGGAUUUUGUAUUUGUUUCUUUUUGCGGCAUUAGCUUUAACGAACGACGCAGUCGUGAGAAUCCCGUUGAAGAAGUUCCGUUCCAUCAGACGAGAGCUGACAGACUCGGGGAGGAAAGCAGAGGAGCUUCUUGCAGAAAAACACUCCCUUAAGUACAACUUUGGCUUCCCCUCCAGCAGUGGACCCACUCCAGAAACCCUGAAGAACUACCUUGACGCUCAGUAUUACGGUGAGAUUGGCCUCGGCACCCCCCCACAGAGCUUCACGGUGGUGUUUGACACAGGCUCCUCCAAUUUGUGGGUUCCCUCUAUCCACUGCUCCUUCACAGACAUCGCCUGCCUUCUUCACCACAAGUACAACUCUGCCAAGUCCAGCACGUACGUGAAGAAUGGAACCGAGUUCGCUAUUCAGUACGGCUCGGGCAGUUUGUCGGGCUACCUCAGUCAGGACACAUGCACAAUUGGAGACUUAGCAGUGAACAAACAGGUGUUUGGGGAGGCCACGAAGCAGCCGGGCGUGGCCUUCAUCGCCGCUAAGUUUGAUGGGAUCCUGGGCAUGGCCUACCCCCGCAUCUCUGUGGACGGGGUGACGCCAGUCUUUGACAACAUCAUGAACCAGAAGAAAGUGGAGCAAAACGUUUUUUCCUUCUACCUGAACAGGAACCCUGACACCGAGCCCGGCGGUGAGCUUUUACUCGGAGGAACCGACCCUAAAUACUACAGCGGGGACUUUCACUAUCUCAACAUCAGCCGACAGGCCUACUGGCAGAUCCGCAUGGACGGGAUGGGAGUCGGUGGCCAGCUGGAUCUGUGUAAAGGUGGCUGCGAGGCCAUCGUGGACACCGGCACGUCUCUGAUCACCGGCCCCUCGGCCGAAGUCAGGGCCCUGCAGAAAGCUAUUGGAGCCACUCCGCUCAUCCAGGGAGAGUACAUGGUGAACUGUAACAAGAUCCCAACUCUGCCUGUCAUCACCUUCAAUGUGGGCGGACAGUCCUACAGCCUGACAGGAGAGCAGUACGUCCUGAAGGAGAGCCAGGCAGGGAAGACCAUUUGCCUCAGCGGGUUCAUGGGGCUUGACAUCCCCGCCCCCGCCGGGCCUCUGUGGAUUUUGGGAGACGUUUUCAUCGGCCAAUAUUAUACCGUCUUCGACCGGGAGAACAACCGGGUGGGAUUCGCGAAGUCCAAAUAAGCACAGCCCGCGUUUGCCGCAAUGUUUUGUGGUCCAGCUGCAUUAAGGCAAAACAAAAACAAAUCUGUGGUUUCUGAUGCCCACCAACCACGACACACGCUUCUGUUGCUUUGGAAUCGUGUUUUAGCAAUAGAUCUGUAUAGAGUGUAAAUGCACUGGUUUUGAAAAUGCAUUAAUUAGUUUUUAAACUCCCGUUAAGAGUGUUUGGAACAUGAGUGACUUUGUUGUGUGUUGUUUGUACAUGGACGAGGGAUCCAGUCGAUGGUCCUAGUCCUGCGGUUUUGGAACUGAAAUAUCUGAACGAUCUGUACUUAUUUUUUAAAUCAGGGACGUUUUAAGCAGCAGAACAACUUUUAAUUUGCGUUUUAAGGUGAUUGGUCCUCUUCUACUGACUAUCGGGUGUAUCUUGAUCGUGACUGACCUGAAUAAAAGCUGAAAAAGAUAAUUCUA